CUUAGAAGCUGAGAAGCAGGAAGUGAAAUUCAGAGCUGCUGCAGGUGACUCGUGGCGACCGUUACCAGCAGACCAAUCACAAUCUUCAAGCAUCCACGAGGUCAAGUUCAGCCCAGCACACAUUAGAGGAAGCACAAUGGAAACGGAUGCACUUGAAGCCCUGAACGCUCUAUGGUUUGAACAUAAAGGGAUAUAUUUUGAUGCCAGUUUAACAUCACCAGAAAUCAUAGAUUCUAUAAAGCACAUGGAAAUAAGGGACAGCGAUGUGUUUCUUGUCACUUACCCAAAAUCAGGCACAGUUUGGACACAACAAAUUCUAAGCCUAAUAUUUCAUGAAGGCCAUCGAAAUGGAACAGAGUCUAUCCAAAAUUUGACAAGAAUGCCAUGGAUUGAAGCAAAUAUUUUAAAUGUUGACUUUAAAAGCAGUCCAUCUCCUCGAACCUUAACAACUCACCUGCCUUAUUAUCUAAUGCCAAGAGAACUGAGUAUCAGAAUGGGAAAGAUUAUAUAUGUGUGUCGAAACCCAAAAGAUGUCCUGGUGUCCUACUAUCACUUCUUCAAAAUGAAUCCAAGAUUAAAAUAUGAAAUAAACUGGGAAACAUUCUUCAACCUCUUCAUAUCAGGGAGAGUCUUCAUUGGCUCAUGGUUUGAUCAUGUUAAAGGCUGGUACACGCACAAAGAGAAUUUCAACAUACUUUUUUUGACGUAUGAGGAAAUGAAAAAGGACCUUCGGUCAGCUGUACUAAAAAUAUCCAAAUUUGUGGACAUAAACCUUGAUGAAAAAGCAAUAGAUACCGUGGUGCAACGAUCAACUUUUAAGAACAUGAAGGAUGAUCCCCUUUCUAAUUACUCACAUCUUCCAAAAGAUUUGUUAGACCAAAGUAAAGGAGCUUUUCUACGUAAAGGGAUUGUUGGUGACUGGAAAAAUAUAAUGACGGUGGCACAAAGUGAGAUGUUCGAUAAACUAUUAAAAGAAAAGAUGGGAGAUCUGCCAAUAAAGUUUUUGUGGGAUCUUGAUGAAGAAACUGCAUCCUAGAGUGUAUAUGUGGGAUACAUGGACCAAGAAUUAAAAUAAAAAUAUAUUUGAAUACAGAG